UAAGGGUGGAGCAGGCAUUGCCUAGACACCUCUCUAGCUGAAGGCAGGGGAACGGCCGAGAUCAGGCUGUUUGUUCUGUGUGGCUUCAGCAGGCAGGAAGAAAAUGUAUUCUAUCCGUCUUCCCAUUUAUUCUUAUUUUUUUUGUCGUUUUAUUUAAGCUAAAAUAUCAUCUCUGUCAUUGUCUCGAGUAUAAAGGCUCACUAAUCUAUGGAACAGAAAAGAUUUAGCAAGGCAAUGGUUUCCUUUUCUUUUCUACUCUUGCUGUUUUAAAUAGAGGUGUGUGCUUAUCACUUGAUUGUGAUUCCCCCUUUUGUGUCCAGUUCACAAGCCCUUUUCAUUUGUAAGGCUUCUAGGGGAGAGUCUUGGCAACAAGCCAGAUUAUAUCCCUUUGAGGGGGGCAGUAGGCAGUUUAUCAGGCCUUCUUUAGUCCCUUUUUAAGAAAUCAGAAGGCAGCAUUGCCUUUCUGGUGCAGCAGGGCCUUGAAGACCCACUGAUCUGAUUUGUAAACAUUUUUUUUCUGAUCAUUUUAUUAUUAUUAUUAUAUUUACAUCUUGUGCCCUCGCUGCCUUCCAUUGCCCCCCUUUUUCUGAGAUCCUGCAGACCUGAAAAAUGAAGAGACUGGCACCAAGGUAACGAGUGAAGGGAUGCUUGCGGCUUGCAUCACAGCGGAGAAACAGAAGUCAGUGCAGGUGAUUCUGUGACCUCUGAGGAAAUACAGCAGGAAAUACACCGGUAGAACUAUCUGGGUUAGAGGCCCACAUGGAAGCAUUUCUAACUAGCAGUGAACAGCUGGGUGACCAUCUGCUCAAUCCAUGCCUUCUGAAAUCAGUCAAAAGUAUAAAGGUAGAACAGGAAACGGAGGAAGAAACAUUGCCAACAUUGACCAGCACUAUGAAAAUGGAACCACCUUCUCCUACUGAGGAUGGCAUAUCCAGGACACCGUUGUUGAUUAGUGAGAUCAAAAUGGAACCUCCUGAAGAACUACUAGAUUGUGAUAUCAGUAUGCCUCAGGCAGAACCUGUGGACCUAUCUUUGAACAAAGGCAAGUCUUCACGGCUCUUUGGGGGAGUUCCUUCAUCAUCCUCAUCGUCAGGGUAUUCUGUAGCAAAGUCAUCCUCCCCACUUCUGAGUGGUUCGACUCAAAUCCCCAUUGUAUCCGUCUCUCCAUCUAACUUGGGCACAUCUUCUGCUAUACCUGCAGUUCUUUCUCCUGGUUCCAUACUAGCAUCGACACAGGGUAUUGGUGGACAGCAGAUCUUGCAUGUAAUCCACACCAUCCCAUCAGUGAAUCUUCCCAGCAAAAUGGGCAACCUGCAGACCAUCCCUGUGGUGGUACAGUCGCUACCUGUUGUUUACACCACUGUCCCACGGGAUGGACUUCCGUCUUCUAUCACGGUGCCACUGAUUGGUGGAGAUGGCAAAACAGAAGGUUCUGCAGAAUUUCUUCGAGGCCAUUUGAAUACCCAGCUGCAUGAAAAAGUAACCAUUGAGCCAAAUUCGAUGUCUCCUGUGGAGGUCAACAGUGACAGCGACGACAGCCUGAUAGAGAUGGAGCCACCUCCCUACCAGGAUAUGCGGGAUUCCAGAGACUCUGCUGGUUCAUCCCUGUUGCGUCAGAUGCAGCGUUCGGAGUCACCUGACACAAAACGACGGCGUGUUCACCAGUGUGACUUUGAGGGCUGCAACAAAGUAUAUACAAAAAGCUCACACCUGAAAGCACACAGAAGAAUACACACAGGUGAAAAGCCUUAUAAGUGUACCUGGGAAGGCUGCACGUGGAAGUUUGCGCGAUCUGAUGAGCUGACUCGGCAUUUUCGUAAGCACACCGGCAUAAAACCAUUUCGCUGCUCAGACUGUGACCGCACGUUUUCCCGCUCAGACCACUUGGCACUCCACCGCAGAAGACAUAUCAUGAUGUGAGAUCAGAGAAAGACUGAGAGGGGGAGGGAAGGAACGCGUACCUUUCCUUGUGUCGCAUUCUUCAUCGAUUCAGCAUGCGCUGAAUUCCUACACGGCACCUGUGGAUGCCCAAAUUCAAGAGAAAAAGUCAGAAAAAAAAAAAAAGAAAAAAGCUUUGAGACUGUGAAAAUUAACAGUUUUACUCCCCCCCCCCCCCCCCGUCCUGAUUGCUUAAAGCCAAGUUAUGGACCACAGUAUUUCUCAAGCUGUUUUUGCUUUCUGUUGCCUUUUUCCAGACUCUGCUGCUCUGUAGUGGGAAUCUCAGUCACAUGGUUUUAAUUUCCUAAAGGGAAAAACAGUAUUUAUAUUUCUUUACUUUUUUCUUUUUGUUAGAGAUAGAUUUGAGUCAAGUUGUAUUCUAAUGCUGUCAAAAUGUGAACACCCCCUUCUCAAAUCACCUCCCUCACCAGUUGUUUUGAAAUGCAUUUUCCCUGAAUAGCAUAUCUGGUCUACAGUAUCAUGUUAAUUUUUAGGGGUUCUCUGCUUAGCAAAUGAGUUUCAUACAGUUAAGGACUAAUAGCUGGAUUUAAACCUAUAUCUGUUGGUUUCCAAGCAGUGUGCUACCUCUUCUGGUUGAAUCCAGUAUGGGUGGGGAAGGUUUGGUUUUGAACCCUUCUCCCAUUUCACACCCUGAUUCUGCUUUGGUAGUAACAUUUGCCAAAUGGGUCUUAUUGCAUUGGUCAGAGAAGGGCUUUUUUCUAUAACUUUUUGGACUUAGCAGCUUUCCUUAUUGAUGUUUACAGGAUAUGUAUGCUGUUGCACUAUGAAGUGUGGAUAGCACUUAUAUCGAUCUUCAUGCAUUUCAAGAGGAGAGCACUAGUGGAAAUAGUAUUUGAUUUUGGGGGGAUUAAUUAGCACCAUUUCUUUAAAUUUCUGUUGAUCAGACCUUUGUGAUUUCAGGCUUUUUUUCAGCAUGGCAAUUGUCUGCAUUGCAUUUCUGAAUGAUUUUGGUGUGGGAGCAUUUAGGUGGGGGGUCCUUUAGUUGUUUCAGAAUUGAUGCACAUGUUGUUGGUGGCCUUGUGAUAUUUUGUGAUACAUGUUGUGACUUGAAUUUAUAAAGCAGUUGUUGGACGUUUUUGGGCAGAAAUCCUGCCAGAUUUGCCAUACCAUUCAUUUCCAUGCUGUCCGGUACUAGAAACUUUUAUACAAGGAGGAAGUCCCUGUACUGAAGGGAUGUGAUGAUGGCCUUGAAAGAAGAAUGGCAGACAUAAAUGCUAUGACUGAGUUGUUUGGAAUAUACUUGCUUCUAGAAAGUGAGCAUUCUGCCUGUGCUUAGCAACAGUUUCCUUAGAACGUAAAAGGAAGGACUGCAAAACGUAAUGAAGAUGAUGAAGAGCCAGUGAGACUUCAGUGCAAUUACAGAACAAAGAAAGGCCUAAUAUGGUCACUACACCACUUCCGCAUUACCAUGAUCUCUUGCCACCUCCUUGAAAGCACCCUUGUAGUAUGACUUGGUGUAGCAGUCUGUGAUAUGCUGCACGUAAGUGCAUGAUGGAUAUCUCUGAGAAAAUUGAUUUUAUUUUUUUUUAAUUCAUUUUACCAUGUGUGCUGCCCAGACCGUCAUGAAUGCAAAGUGCUGCCUUUUCAAUCAAAUUAUUUAAUUCACAGGCAUAUAUUAUCUAGGAUUUUAUUUUUCUAGGUACCCAUUUUCUCUUUGCAUUCUGUGCUGCAGUGUAUUUUAUCCAUGUAGCUGUUUUAACAUUUUAUUUAUUUAAUAGUUGAUUGGUUUGGAUUAACAGAAAGGAACGUAUUACCAUACUACUUAAAAACACCCAUUUCCCUAAAAUACGUAAAGACUGGUAGGUUUUCACUGCCCCAUGUUAAAUUCUGCGAACAGUUUAACUAUACCAGAGUAACACUGUUAAUGUGAACAUGUUCCUAGAAGUUGCAGAACAGGUUUCAGAAUUACAGUUUUGUGAGCUGAGAUCUUUAAGUUGUAUGUACUCAGAAAAUGCGUACAGGUCAUUACUGAUUUGAAAGUGUACGACAGUUUGAGGGAAGAGGUCAGAAAGCUUUUUACCACAAUUAAUUUUUUUAGCAUGUAUAUAUUUUUAUAUAUUCCAUCUAAAAGAAUUCAUCAAACAGGUUGUGGAAAGGUAUGAUUUUAUCCCGUAAAACUCUUAUCAGUUUUUGUGCACCACCUUUCUUUUCUUGAAUGUGCAGUGCUUUGUUAUGAUAUCACAGAAUGUUUCUGUAGGCAUGAGUGUGACAUCACAGUAGAUGAUACUGGAAAGACAAGGAUAUGAUUUAAUUUAAAAAUCUGAUGCUUUGCUUCAUUUUGUAUGAUAUCUGUAAUUGGAAUGACAGAAAUACAGAUCUGAAGAGAAUUUUCACUUA